GGAUCUCGCCUACUUCAUUCUUUUCUCAUUCCUCCACCAGUGUCUGAGUAUUUUUCUUUUUUCAUUGAUGAGUCUUUCUAAAGAUUGUAUCUUAUUAGUCACCUUUUCAUGUUUGACACAAAAAUCCACUAUGACUAUUAGUGAUAAAAUUUUAAUUACCAGACCCAUAGUACUUAUGAUCAGUAUUAUGUUAAUCUCAGGCAUGUCAUUUAUCUUUCCAUUUUCUAUUUCUAUUUUAGAGUUAUCUGAAGUAGCACUAUACAGAGUCCUAACUCCCUGCAUUGUGAUAUUUCUCAUCCUUACUGUGGGGGAGUUUUAAUGUUACUUUGCUCUCUUCAAUUCACCUGACUAUUCAGAUUAUCCUCAGGCGUGGAAGUAGGGCUGUGCAGAUCAGCCAACACUGAACAUGGGAGGUGAUAGGGUACUUGGAGUGUGUGGGUUCCACACAAGUGGGAGAUCCUUAGGAGGUAGAGCAGAGAUGAGGUGACUAGGCUUUUAGAGGUGCUGUUCUUGGAAGAAACUGAGGUAGUUCUUGUGGGAUGCUCAGUUUCCUCAAAAGGGAUUUGUUUGCCUAGAGAUAUAGCUCAGUGGUGGAGGACUUGACUAGAAAAGUUCAAAGUUCCGUGUUCUAUACCUCAUAUUACAUGAAAAACGGUGUUUGUUUUUUUAAAUGAAAGAGUGAAUUGAGCCCAUUGAGGGAUUAGGGCAUCCUAUACCUCCAUGUGAUCAGUUGCUCUUACAUGUGCUCCAGGCAUUAUUCGGUAUUCCUUAUAUGAUGUCCUUAUGUGACAAAAGGAUUAGGAAUUUAAGGCUAUCUUCACUGGCAUCAUGCUUUCAAGGCCUGUUUGGCAUAUGAGACCCUAUUUUGAUAAAGAAGGUAGGUCUUUUGUCUAAUAUAAUAAUUGUACAGAGGGCAGAGGAGGGGGAUGAGAAAGUGACUUACUUAGUUAUCUGAUAAAAGGACAAACAAGGAAGUAUAGAUAGCAAGAGCUAUGACACUGAGGUAAUUAACAUUUUAGUCAAUGGCUAAGAAAGCCAGUGUGAUUGAAGCAGAGUAGGUGGACGACAGAAUAUGUAACAUUAUUGAGCCAAUUUGGAAGACCUCGUAUGGUGCUUUUGCUGUGAAUGGUUUAUGUCUUAGUUAGCUUAGUCAACUUGACAUGGCCUAGAGUUAUCUGAGAAGGGCAUCUGGGCUGUGACAUGUGUAUAGGAGAUUUUCUUACUAUUAAUUGAUGUGGAAGGGCCUGGACCACUGUGAAUGGCAUCAUCUUUAGGCACUAAUCCUGGACUGGAUAUGAGGGCUACUUAAGUGUGAGGACCUUAGAGAGCAGGCCUGCCAACAGUGUUCUUUGAUGGUUUCUACUUCAAGUUCCUGCUGAAAUUUCUGCCCUGAGUUCUCUAACUUAUGGAUUGCGACCUGGAAGUACAAGUCAAAAUAAACCCUUUCCUCCCCACAUUGAUUUUGUUAGAGUAUGUUAUCUCAUCAACAGAAAUAGAAAUUGGUGCCAGGAAAGUGAGGUGCACGUGUGAGGACCUGACCAUGUGGUUUAUUGUUUGAUUUUUUGUUUUAGUUUUUUAUGCUUGGAAUGAUAUUGUUGGAGUAUUAGGGAGAAUUUUGGUGGCUAAGAGUAAAAGCCAUUGAUUAUGUAGAGUUUGGUGAGCAAUUGCUACAGGAAUUUGAAGGACAAUGUUGAGGAAAAAGCUGUCUCAGGGAACUUAGCUCAAGUUUGAGAAGGUUUCAAUGCUAUAUUUAGAACUGGCCUGGGGGUCAUUCUUAUGAGAUCAUUACUAAGAGUUUGUUGUUUCUGGUCAGGUGAAGAUUCAGCUAUUAUUAAUAUGAGAUCAACAUCAUUGAUGUAAACAUCUUCUGCACUUCAAUGGGAGAACAGGGACACAUUUCCUCAGGACACACGUGUCUACAGCACACAGAAGCUGUGGUCUAAAGAAGAAAACUGAACUUGACAACGGGAAAGCAUCACUCACACGGCCUGCAGGCACUAUGGAGGACGAGGAGAGAAGGAGGAAGAUUGAAUAUGGAAGAGCUAUUGCAGCAGCGUGGCGGCUUAGCGGGGCGGCAGACGCGAUGGAGGAUGAGGAGAGACAGAGGAAGAUUGAAUAUGGAAGAGCAAUUGUAGAAGUGUGGAGGCUUAGCCAGCCCGCAGAAGCAAUGGAGGAGGAGGAGAGAAGGAGGAAGAUUGAAUAUGCAAGAGCAAAGGAACAAGAUAAGAAAUUAGAAAAUAACAACAUCCAAGAAUUAGAAAAACAAGCCAUCAUUGAAGAUUUACAGGAAACAAUAAAAGAAGAAGGAAAUAAAUCUGCUGCCCUGCAGAAUGAGUUAGAAACUGCUGAUAAGUUAGUAGGAGAUUUAAAAGAACAGAUUAGAGAAAAGGACCAAGAGACCCAAAGCUUAAAACUGGAGCUAGCCAAUUGUAACGAGAAAGAGAAACACUACAUUUUAGAAAUUGAAGAGUUCAAGGGGAGAGUAGAAGAACUCCAGAAGAAAGAUUACAAAGAUAACCAUACAGACACUGGCAAAGAGCAGAGCACAGAGAGAGAAACAAGGAGGAAAGUAGAUCACCUCCAAGUGGAGCUAGAUGAAAUGUAUGGAAGAGAAAUAAUGCACAUGAAGGAAGAAUUAAUAAGACACACAUCUAAGAUGGAGGAUCUUAAAUCCCACCAUGAAGGUGAAAUGGAAACUAUCUUGGCAUCAUAUGCACGUACUACACUAGGUGAAGACAAAGAGCCUAUACAGGUGCUCAUUGGACGACUUCAAAAGGCAUUGUCUGAGGAGUGCUGCUCUGUUUCAAAGAGUAUGCAAGCUUUUCUUGAUGAACACUGUUGUCCUUUAAACUGUGAAAUGAACAUAGAAGAGAAAGUGAAUUCUUUUGUAUACCAUGCAAUUUCAAGGGUGACCUUGCAAGAAUAUAGAUACAAAGUUGAAGAGUUUCAAGAAGCCAUUCAAAACCUUCUGAGUAAAGUCACAGAUGAACACAACAAGUUUGUGACACUGCAGAUGCAGUUAAGCAAGUUUUGUGAGGUAGAAAAUAUGAUUCACAGACAGCAAACAGAUGGUGCGAAACUUGAGUUUGCAGAGGAAAAUGUGGCAGAAGAGGAAUCAGGGAUUUUGUCGGUUUGCUCUCAGGCUGGUUUAGAGAGCAUUGACACUGACAUCCGACAUGAGAGUGAGCUGUCUUCUCGGCCAGAGGGUGAAGACAGUAAAAACCAUGAAAAGCAGCUUCAGGUGUUAGAGAGCCCUGUCGACACCUUAGAGCAGCAGCUGAAAGCAACUGAAGCUCAUUAUGGAACAGAGAUCCCGAUGGUUCAGGGAAGCAUUGAGACCAUCCAUGGACCGUCAGCUCAUCCGAGUGUUGAUUCAAUGCUAUUCAAAGACAGUGUUUUACAGAAAACUGUUUGCCGAGGAAACUGUCGACCUGACCACGUCAUCAUAGUAAUAGAGACAGAAGAGAUGCUUGAGUCAUUUCCACAGAACCAAGAAAACACAGAGUCAUUGUGGUGCCUAGAUGACCUGAAUGAGCACCAACAGGAACAGCCCAGGUCCAGAGAGCAGCCAGCUGUUCAUCUAAAUAAAGCUGAAAGUAUUAUUGAUGGGAAUUUGGAUGAAAGAAUUCUUUUGGAAAGAGAAAUUCAGGAAAACGCCUGCACGAUAGAUCAUCUAGAGCACGAGUUGCUGUGCAUGAGCGGGAGAGUUUCAAAACUCGAAGAAGAGCAACAGCAAAUACAGGAGGAGCGAGCAUUGCUGUCCAGGCAGAAGGAGGCCAUGGGAGCAGGGGCUGGCCCAGUGGAGCAGCAAACUCUGAACAAAGGACACAUGGACCCGGAGCAACUGCACACUGUACCUAUGGAAAGUGUUGGCAUGACUGCCGAUGAGCUCCAGGCUGAUGCACUGAAGCCAGAAGAUGUCUCUGCCCAGGACUCUUCUGAGCUUCUAAAGACCCUGACUCCUGUCGGUGGCCUUAAACAAAGCUGCAAAGGUUACAGAAGUCUAGAAACACAGUUACUAACCCUGGAGCAAGGAAAGUCAAAACCAGAACUUCUUCAAAAGAAGAUCAAUAUUCUUCAAAAUUUACUAGUAGAGAAAAUAGCUGAAGCCACCGUUAAUCAAGCACAAAUGGAGGCCUUUCAGCAGUACGUGAAGUACUUCCAAGAGAAGAGAACAUCAGAACCAGAAAUGAGAGAUAGGCACAAUGUAAAUCCUCUGAAAGGAGACAACACAGGAAUAGACAUCUUCACAUUAACUUUGAGACUAGCACAGUUAGAGAACCAAGUAGCUGAAAUGCGUUCUAGUUUCAUUAAAGAGAAACAACAAUGCGAAAUUACAGAGAAAAGGGUUUCUGAUAUAGAAAAAGUACUGAAGCUACAGAUGCCUCUAGGCGAGGACACUACAAAAAGGCAAGAGAUUAAAGAAAACGAAAGAAGCCUUCAAGAUUUGGAUAUAUCUGAGACAAGAGGUGAUCUAAUUCAUGCCAGUGGAGACCGUGGAUUUUUGGAUGAACUUGAAGCUCAUGGAGCCGGAUCUGUGUCUCACAAAGAACGAGACCUUAUAAAGAACAAGCAGACAGCCAUGAAGAGCUUUUGGGUAGUGAAUAUGGAAAGUCUGUGGAAUGUCUCCAUAAAGCUGACAGAAGGACUUCGUAAGCUGAAAAUCACACAUUAAAUACACAUAUUAGUAGAAGGAAAAUGACUGGGAAGAGAGAACAAGACACUUCAAGCCACAGUGUUUGCAAGAGCACUAGCAUGGAUUUACAGCCAGCUGGAAGCAUUCAGUUUGUUGCUCCGUAAAAAUGUUUAAUUCAGGCAAAUUAUCUCAUUGCACACAGGAGAUAAUUGAUAGUAUUACUAUCAGUGUUAAUAGUUUUCAAAUUGUUUUUAAAUAUCUAUGUUUUAUUUUAAAUAAAGAAAUAGUACGUUGUUAUGGUUCA